AUGUUGAGUUGUGCCUUAUUUUCAUCCUCUGAUGAUGAAGAUGAGUAUACAGUGGCAGAGAUGAAUACUUUGCGAAGAGAAAUAAGAAAUUCAUCAAAUAUAUUUUCAAUGCCAAAUUCAAAAUUCGUCAGCUAUUUUCGAUUGAACAAAUCGGCUUUUAAAUACGUUUUGGACAUGAUUGAGCCUAAAUUGAAAGAAUCAAAAAGAACUUCGGCAGUGCCAAAUAUACUGAAACUGGCAGCAACAAUGCGCAUACUUGCGGAAGGAAGUUACCAGAAAGGAGCUGGUAAUGACUACAAUGUAGGUCUUUCCCAGUCCUCUGUCAGCAAAGUAUUUAAAGAGUGUAUAAAUGCAAUGAAUAGCGAAUUAUGCAAGAGCUGGAUUUCUUUUAAGAUGAGUGAAAAUGAAAAGUUUGAAAUUAAGGAACAUUUUUAUAACAAAACUGGUUUUCCGGGUGUCAUAGGAUGCAUCGAUGGCACACACAUUAAAAUUUUAGCACCAAAAACUAUGGAACGUUUUAAGUACUACAACAGAAAAGGUUUUUUCAGUUUAAAUGCAACCAUUGUUUGUGAUCAUAAGCUGCAAAUCAGAUAUAUAGCAUCUCACUAUCCAGGAUCAGCUCACGAUUCGUUGAUAUGGAAUGCAAGUGAAUUAAAGCAAUUUUUAAAAACCAAUCAUAAUAAUGGCGAUAAAAACACAUGGAUAUUAGGUGAUGCAGGCUAUCCGCUUGAGCCAUUCUUAAUUACACCGUUUAGAUCAGCAGCAGAGGGUACUCCCGAGAGCCGAUUUAACCAUAUACAUUCUCAAACCAGAAAUGUUGUAGAGCGCACAAUAGGCGUUCUUAAAAAUAGGUUUCGCUGCAUAUUAGGAGCAAGACAGUUACACUACUCACCAAAAGUAGCAGCAAAAAUUACAAAUGUUUGUGCAGCCUUACACAAUAUUUGUAUUUAUUAUAAAAUGGAUCUCCCAGAAAUAAAUAUUGAAAAUAAUAUUAGAGAAAGUUUUAAUAUUGAAACAACUGAAGAUUUAACAGCUUCAAGUAUAAGAAUGAAAAUAAUGCAAUCAAUGAAUCUUUAA